AGAGCACUAGAGCACAGAGAGAGAGAAGGAAAUGGAUUCAAAGAUAGCAGAAGCUGUUAAGGCUCAUGCAGUUUGUAUUCCAUUCCCAAUACAAAGCCACAUAAAGGCCAUGCUCAAAUUUGCAAAGCUUCUACACGGCAAAGGUUUUCACAUAACCUUUGUGAACACAGAGUUCAACCAUCAGCGUUUUCUGAAAUCCGGAGGUCCCAACGCCUUAGAUGGGUUGCCUGACUUCCAAUUCAAAACUAUUUCAGACAGCCUUCCUCCAUCGGAUCCCAACGCUAGCCAAGACACUGAAGCUCUUUGCGAAUCCGUCAUGCAAAACUUCUCGGCUCCAUUUUCAGACAUCCUCCUCAAACUCAACAGUACUGCAACUUCUUCAAACAAUCCUCCAGCCACGUGCAUCAUCUCAGAUGGUGCCAUGCCAUUCACUCAAACUGUCGCUCAAAAGCUUGGAAUCCCUAUUGUAAUGCUCUUCACGAUCCCUGCUUGCAGUUUAAUGGGUUUUAUACAGCCUGGUCUUACUACAAAUCUAAAUGAUCAUGCCGUCAAAUUGACUGUUGAAGCUCUAGAGAGAGCUCCUAAAGCUUCAGGGAUUGUUGUUCACACAUUUGACGCGUUAGAGCAGGAGGUUUUGGAUGCUCUCUCCCCUAUGUUUCCUUGUGUAUAUGCCAUUGGCCCUCAGCAAUUACUACUUAAUCACUUACCCAAAGAUCCUCUGAAAUCAACUGGGUAUAGCUUGUGGAAAGAAGAGACGGAGUGCCUUAAUUGGCUUAAUUCUAAAGCACCUAACUCAGUAAUUUAUGUGAACUUUGGAAGUAUCACUGUCUUAACACCACAGCAGCUGGUUGAGAUUGGUUGGGGACUUGCAAAUAGCAAGUUCGCGUUUUUGUGGAUAAUUAGGAAUGAUUUAGUUGUUGGUGAAUCAGCGAUUUUGCCACAUGAGUUCGUGGAAGAAACUAAAGAAAGAGGACUAAUAACAAGUUGGUGCCCUCAAGAGGAAGUGCUUAACCACUCCUCUAUUGGAGGGUUCUUAACUCAUUGCGGGUGGAAUUCGAUUAUUGAAAGCGUUUGUGUAGGAGUACCCAUGAUUUGUUGUCCAUUUUAUGGGGAUCAGCAAACAAACUGUAAGUAUGCUUGCAAUGAAUGGGGCAUUGGCAUUGAGAUUGAUAAUGGUGCCAAUAGAGGGGAAGUGGAGAAGAUUGUGAGAGAGUUGAUGGAGGGAAACAAGGGUAAGAGAAUGAAGAAAAAGGCCAUGGAGUGGAAAAAAUUGGCCGAAGAGGCCACUGGUCCACAUGGGUCUUCAUCCAUCAACUUAGACAAGUUGGUGAAUGAUGUUCUUUUAUCAAAAGGAUAGAAGUUUUAGAAGAAAGUGAUAAUAAUGAAAAAGGUAUUAUCGUUUAAAAUUUUGGGUAUAGUCUUUUCAUUUCAUAUAAAUGUUUUUCAUUUCAUAUUUUCAUAUGUUAUUAGGUGAAUUGAAAAUGUUGUGCCUUUUAAUUUUUUAGGAGUUAUUUUACAUAGGAGUUAUAUGGGAGUUAUAUGAGAUGUACAUAAAUAAAGUUAUUAUGGAGAAGUUAGAGAGGUGAUUUGUAUCUUAUAAAUACCCUUGUAAACAAAUUAUUUAAUCAAGUUGAAUAAAAUUGAAUAUUCCUCUUCUUAA